AUGUCGCCACCAACGUUCGCUGAUCUUGGAAAAUCCGCUAAGGAUCUUUUCAAUAAGGGAUACAACUUUGGAUUCCUUAAGAUCGACUCCACCACCAAAGCAGGAGAUAAUAAGGAAGUCGAAUUCAAGUCGGCUGCUGCUCAUAACAUUGGAUCCGGAAAGCUUGCUGGAAAUCUCGAUGUUAAGUACAAGAUCCCACAAUAUGGAAUCACCUUGACUGAGAAAUGGAACACCGAGAACCAACUCGGAACUGUUGUUGAAGUGAGCGAGCAGUUCGGUCGUGGACUUAAACUCACUUUCGACUCGCUCUACGCACCCCACGCCGGAAAGAGAAGCGGAAAGCUGAAGGCUGACUGGGCUCUCCCAACCGCUAGGAUCACCGCCGACGUUGCUCUCACCUCUACCCCAGUGAUCAACGCCGCUGGAGUCUUCUCCCGCGAGGGAUGGUUAUUCGGAGCUGCUGCUUCUUUCGAUACCUCAAGCAACAAGCUCUCAUCGACUUCGUUGGCUUUCGGACAUGCCACGAAGCAAUAUACUCUUCACUCUUUCGUUGUCAACUCGACUGAUUUUGGAGCUUCGUUGUAUCACAAGGUCGCUCCAAAUGUUGAGCUUGGAACCCAAUUGGGAUGGAAGGUGGGAGGCAAUGGAGCCGACUAUGCUCUUGCCACGAAGUACUCUCCAAACCGCGAUCUUAUCAUUCGCGCCAAGGUUAACAACAGCUCCCAAGUUGCUGUCGCUGCUACACAUGCAUUGUCGCCAGCUCUCAAGCUCACUCUCUCCACUCAAUUCAAUCUCGUCUCUAAUGAUGCCCACAAGUUCGGACUUGGACUCGAGUUUGACCCAUCCAACUGA